GGGUUACACGAGUAAUACUCGAGUUAUACCUAGGGUGACCCGGGUUAGCUCGAGAAAGUAUGCCGAACGCGCCCAUGGUGUAGGGUUAACGGACGACAACAAUAUGAAAUUUAGCUGUAAUUAUAUUACUAGUAAUAUCACACCGGAAGCUGAAGAUGGCUGACGGUGAACCAGAGCAAAAAAAACGUAAAACAGAUGUCGAACAAGACUUUGAUCCAAUUUUUUGCUCUUUUUUGACGAAGCGGAAUAAAGUCGAUGCUCUUGAUCAGGCUUUGAUUGCUUUGAAAAGGGGGAUAUGGGAUUGUCAAUUGAAUCUUGCCUCUUUACAUAUUGAUGACUGCAAUGCUCGUUCGUUUGUAUGUUUCUCGAGAGCAACCUUAACUACAACUCCAAUCCAGUGGGAAGAUGACGAGAGCCCAGCACAAGGAAUUGCGUUUGGAGAAAUUUUCGGAACUGGGAUUGAUGUGUUGGAAAAAUAUUUGGAUAAAUCACCUAAAAUUCCAGAAGAUGAAAAGAUGCGACAUGCACUGCAGAAACUUCUGGAAUUUCUCGUUAAAAAAGAUUAUCAACCUUUAUUCGAAAACCAAGAGAGGGAGUCAGAUUGGUCUGUUGUUGUUGCCCAACAUCUGUUGUCUGUACUGACAGUUGACAGUACCUAUACUGUAUCUGCAGCCCCGUUUACUCAAGCAGGACUGCCACCUAAAUGUCCCUGCCAACUGAAAGAUGACUUAAUUGGGAAAGUAGGAGACACUAGCUUUGGUUGUAGGAAAGGAUGGCACGGACAUACAGACAUUAUAAUGGAGGAAGAUAUUGCAGUCUCAGUAGCUCCAAGUGAGGCAUCUGGAGACUCCACGGUAGAACAGACGCUUGAUGACACUGGUACUGAUGUAUCUGAUGACAGAUCUGUUUCUUCUGUUGAAAAUAAAGCUAGUCCCGAUUUCAAAAGAAAGGAUUUAAUGCAGAUCAAGGCUGAGACAAUUGUGUUUUCAUUUUUGCAGCACAAAUUAAAGAAAGGCAUUUUGGAGAAUACUUUAAUUCCUAGCAUAGGAAUCUCAAGUCGUAGUUUGUUGCUAACUUUUUAUGACUCACAGAAUGAUGUGCUUCUCUCUAGUAAAGCAAUUCGUCUUUUUGACCAAAAUACCAUAAUAGUCUCACCUGUUGUGGCUCUUUGGCUGACACUUAAUUAUAAACUCUUCUGUACAGGAGUAACCAAACGCAUGACAAAAUAUAAAGCUGACUUCUUCAAAAGGGUUGAUGAUCUUCUAAAUGAGUACUCAGAUCAUGUAGAAAAACCUAGUCCUGUGCAGCGCAACACACAAGACGAUCUAUUUCCCUGGUUAGGACUUACAAGGGGCUAUGAAUUUCCAAAAAGACGGAUUCCAUUCGUGUUUUUAAAGCCAGAUCGUUAGGGUCAUAAUAUUUUAGCACACCAAGUUUGUACAAAUCAUGUCCCCGGGGUCAAGGAGGGUCACUUGAUUUUACAUAGGCAUAUAUAGGAAAUACUUUAAAAAUCUCUUGUCUGAAACCACAAGGGCCAGAGUUUAGAUAUUUGGCAUAUAGCAUUGUCUGGUGGACCUCUAAAAAUCAUGUCCCCAAAGUCCAAAUUGACUUCACCCAGGGGUCACUUGGUUUUACAUGUGGUAAAAUAGGGAAACUUUUAAAAGUCUUCUAAAGAAACCAGAAGGCCCUGAGCUUAUAGCAUUGUCUAGUAGACCUCUACCACGAUUAUUUAAACCAUGUCCCUUGGGUCCAAAUUGACCCCGCCCCAGGGGUCACUUGGUUUUACAAAAUAAAAUUAUGGUUAUAUAGGGAAAACUUUAAAAAAAAUUCUCAAAAUAAGCCAGAAGGCCCAGAGCUUAGAUAUUUGGUGUGUAGCCUUGCCUAAUGCAAAUCUACCAAGUUUGUUUUAAUAAAUACCCCUGGAUCCAAAUUGACCCCACUCCAGGGAUCACUUUAUUUUACAUAGGCUGAUAUAGUCUGAAACCACAAGAGACAGAACUUAGAAAUUUGGCAUGUAGCAUAUUUGGCAUUUAAUCUGAGCACUACAUAAAGUGCCUAUAUUUCUCAACAAACAGCAAAUUUAAGGUUGACAGUCGUUAAAUUUCAGUUAAAGCAGAAGUAGAUUACUUUUUAGGUUGUACAAUAAAUACAAUCAAACCUGAGUACAAGACACGAGUGUUAGGUAGCGGCAAAUGUUGUCUUUGUUGACAUGAAGUCACAUUCACAGUUCUUUCUAGUAUAGAUAAUAGUACACAGUGAUCAUCCUUAAAUAGCCCAAUAUUGGCCCAUACAUUACAAAUGUGAACACUUUUAUAUCUAUAAUUUACAUAGAUUUAUAAAGGGAAAAACUUUGAAAAUCUUCUUGUCCAAAACCACAGAGCCUAGGGCUUUGAUAUUUGUUAUGAAGCAUCAUCUAGUGGUUCUCUACCAAGAUGAUUAAAAUAAUUUCCCUGGGGUCAAAUAUGGCCCAGCCCCGGGGGUCACAUGGUUUAUAUAGACAUAUAGGGAAAAACUUCGAAAAACCUCUCGUCCAAAACCACAGUGUCUAGGGCUUUGAUGUUUAGUAUGUGACAUCAUCUAGUGGUCUUCUGCUAAGAUUGUUCAAAUUACCCCCCUAGGGACAAAUAAUUAUGGCCUCGCCCUGGGGGUCAUAUGGUUUACAUAGACUUACAUAGGGAAAAACUUGGAAAAUCUUCUUGUCUAAACCACAAAGCAUAGGGCUUUGAUAUUCGUAAUGUAGCAUCAUCUAGAGGUUCUCUACCAAGUUUGUUCAAAUUAUCCCCCUAGGGUCAGAUAUGGCCCGCCCCGGGGGUCACAUGGUUCAUAUAGACUUAUAUAGGGAAAAGCUUUUAAAAUCGUCAAUAACCUACAAUAUUCAAAUUUGGACCACAUGUAUAGUUUUGAGUGGCAAGAUGAACCUUGACUUGGACCAUGUGCAUAAUUUUGUGUACCAAAAAAUAACUUUGACCUUUACAUUGACCUAGUGACCUACUUUCACAUUUUUGAAGGUACAGCUUUCAAAUUUGGACCACAUGCAUAGUUUUGUGUUUCGAAAUGAAAUUUGACCUUGAUUUUGACCUAGUGACCUACUUUCACAUUUCUCAAGCUACAGCCUUCAAAUUUGGACCACAUGUAUAGUUUUGUGCACCGGAAAAACUUUGACCUUGAGAUUGACCUAGUGACCUACUUUCACAUUUUUGAAGGUAAAGGCUUCAAAUUUGGACCACUUGCAUAGUUUCAUGUUCCGAAAUAAAAUUUGACCUAGUGACCUACUUUCACAUUUCUCAAGCUACCGCCUUCAAAUUUUGACUACAUGCAUAGUUUCGUGUACCGAAAAAAACUUUGACCUUGACAUUGACCUAGUGACCUACUUUCACAUUUUUGAAGGUACAGGCUCCAAAUUUGGAUCACAUGCAUAGUUUUGUGUUUUCGAAAUGAAAUUUCACCUUGAUUUUGACCUAGUGACCUACUUUCACAUUUCUCAAGCUACAGCCUUCAAAUUUGGACCACAUGCAUAAUUUUGUGUACCGAAAUGAACUUUGAUCUUCAGAAUGACCUAGUGACCUACUUUCACAUUUCUCGAGCUACAGGCUUCAAACUUGGACCACGUGCAUAUUUUUGUGUUCUGAAUUGAAAUUUGACAUUGACUUUUACCUAGUACCUACUUCCACAUUUCUCAAGCUGAAGCCUCCAGAUUUGAUGUAUACCGAAAUGAACUUUGACCUUGAAAUUGAUCUUGUGACCUACUUUCACAUUUCUCAAGGUACAGCUUUCAAAUCUGGACCACAUGCAUGGACCACAUGCACAGUGUUGUGUACCAAAAUGAAAUUUGACCUUGAUUUUAACAUUGAGCUAAUCUUGAAAUGGGAACACUCAAAAAUGGUUAAGUGUUGGGCGCCAAGAUCACUCUGUGAUCUCUUGUUAUAAAUUUUGUAUAACUUAUGGAAUCUCCUCGAGCUCAAGUAGAGACAAAUUUCAAAGUGAUAGCCACUAUCUAAAACGUUUGCAGAGAACUCAUUUUACCAUUAAUUUUAAUAAAAGAAACAUCAAACUAUCGGUAAACAAUUAUAAAACACAAAAUAAAAAUGUCAAUAUCAUUUUUUCUAUGGUGCCUCGAGUAAACGGAUUUAAUGAAACAGAAUUCAUACUUCAACAUUGAAAAAAUAAGGUCAAAUGCUG